UCACGAGUCAAUUGCACGACAUGCCCAGCAGCACUAACGCAUUUUAGUCGGUACGGUUCGGAAUGUAAUAUUCAUUCUUUGAGCACAAUUCAUUCUCUUUGGGCUGAAACGUAUUGAUUAAUGCGCUGAAUGUAUUGAUUCGAACAAGUGCGCAACAUUGUAUGAUUGACAUUGGAAAUAAUUUGGUCGACAGUUUAUGAAUAAGAAAAAGUACUGAAAUUAUUUGUUAGGGAGCAUUGAAUAGAAGUGUGUGAUUUGUUGAAUUGCGAUCGAAAUGGAUGAUUUUCAUGAAAUUGAUAUCAGUAUAGAGGAGAUGCUUUCGGAAAGACGGGAUGAAAAUGAAGUCAAUUUUGUAUGGGAUAUUCCUGAAAACCACGAUCCAGUAAUUUCCUGCUUGGAUUUGAGUGAAGAGAACCUGAUGGCAGAGUUUGAACGCCCAGCAUUGGACACUGUGAAUUUGGAGGAUAUUCAACCGAUGAAUGAAAAGAGCAGUCCAAUUGAUCUAAUGGAUUCAGAUAAUGAAUUCUUCUUGCCAGGCGAGCGCGAGAGCCUGUGCGCGCCGCUGUGCGAUCCGGCCGAGGACGAGGAGGAGGAGGAGGCGGCGGCGAAGGAGAAGGCGGAGGCGGAGGCGGAGCGGGAGCGGGCGUGCAACGCGUGCGGGCGCGUGUUCCCGACGCGGGCGCGCCUGGAGGCGCACGCGCGCAAGCACCGGCGCGAGCGGCCGUUCGCGUGCGCGCGCUGCGGCAGCCGCUUCGCGCGCAAGGAGAUCCUGCAGCGGCACGAGCGCACGCACACGGGCGAGCGGCCCUUCAAGUGCGCGGCGUGCGGCAAGGCGUUCGCGCAGCAGGGCAGCGUGGCGCGCCACGCGCGCACGCACGCGCCCGCCGCCGACAAGCGCCACCAGUGCCUGCAGUGCGGCAAGCGCUUCACCGAGCGCAAGAACCUGGCGCAGCACCUGCGCAUGCACCUGGGCUUCAAGCCCUUCGCCUGCCACCUCUGCCCCAAGACCUUCGCCGAGAAGAAGUACCUCUCGCAGCACGUGCUCACGCACACCAACCACAAGCCCUUCCGCUGCACCAAGUGCUGCAAGUGCUUCUCCGAGCGCAGGUACCUGGACGCCCACCUCUACAAGUACCACACGCACGAGUGCCUGCUGUGCGACAAGCGCUUCGAGGACAAGGAGGUGCUCGAGGCGCACAUCCGCAGCCACAUCGACGAGCGCCCCAGCCCGCGGAAGGCCAAAGCCAAGGCCGCGCCUGCCUCCGCGCCGCGCUAA